AUGAGGUUGCUCGCGUUUGUAGGGGGCGCGACCUGGUGUUACCCUGGUGGCAUCCUCAUUCGUCUUUUCUCCCAACCUGCGCGACCUUGGGGGCGUGGGGAGCGGCCUGGCGGGGAGGAGCUAAGCCGCCUGCGGUUCGAUGACCUGGCGCCAGGCCGACAGUCUGCUGGGAGACUGGAACUACUAUUUGGCCUGUCUCCGUGUCUCCUGGCCCUGCGAGCCGCCCGCCGUCGCGUGGCCCGGCUCCUGCUUCAGGCUGGCAGGGCUGGACUGCAGGGGGAGCGGGCCGAGCUGCUCAGGUUGGCGGAGACGCGAGGCAUUCCAGUUUUGCGGCCCCGACGGCGGAAGCUGGACGCCCUGUGCCGCCACCAGGUCCACCAGGGGGUGUGCAUGGAGGUGAGCCCGCUGUGCUCCCGGCCCUGGACUGAGGCUAAGGAGGCAAGGCUAGGCGACGACACUCAACAGUUAUGGCUCGUCCUCGAGGGGCUCCAGGAUCCCCGGAAUCUUGGGGCCGUGCUGCGCACCGCUCACUUCCUUGGAGUGGAUAAAGUCAUCACCAGCCGGAGAAACAGCUGCCCGCUCACCCCAGUAGUCAGCAAGGCCAGCGCGGGCGCUGUGGAGGUGAUGAAUGUGUUCUCCACUGACGACCUGACCGGUUUCCUGCAGGCCAAGGUCCGGCAGGGCUGGCUUGUGGCUGGUACGGUGGCAUGCUCAGGGCCUGAGAUUCCCCAGUCCUCCGAGAUCCCUGUCACCAGCUGCUUGGAGUUCCUCUGGGACCGACCCACUCUCCUGGUGCUAGGGAAUGAGGGCUCAGGCCUGUCUCAAGAGGUGCAGGCCUCCUGCCAGGUUCUCCUCACCAUUCUGCCCCGGCAGCAGCUGCCUCCUGGCCUGGAGUCCUUGAACGUCUCCGUGGCUGCAGGAAUACUUCUUCACUCCAUCUGUAGCCAGAGGAAGGGUCUCCCUGCAGAGGGAGGAAGAGAGCAACUUCUCCAAGACCCCCUAGAGUCUUCAGCCACAUUUGAAGUGCCCAGAGCGGCUCAGCCCCCGGGACUGUCUACAAAAGCAGAAAAAGAGAGGCAGAAUGAAGGCUGA